GAUCUUUGCUCUGCUCACCUUAGUAACAGACUGAAAUUACAUUUGCAGGCUUGUGUAGCGGCGGCACUAUUUAUGUUCGUGUUUUUAUGAAGAUUGAAAGAUACCGUUAACACAAAGAAAGGUUUACAUGUGUGACAUCAUACAGCAGAUUGACUGGUAUAGUUCACGGGCUUGUGUGGAGAGAUUAGUCUACAAAGCCGGGUGAUAAACAACAGCAAAGUUCGGAUUGUGUGAAGCAAGAAAUAACGAGGCUCCAGAGCAGCUGAAAUCUUGAAGGCCAGGGUAAGGUGAGCUACUGAGCAGAAAGCUAUGGGGCUUUUUGACAAGCUUGCUGGGUGGCUGGGCAUAAAGAAGAAAGAGGUUCAUGUGCUGUGCCUUGGUCUGGACAACAGUGGCAAAACUACCAUCAUUAAUAAAUUAAAACCUUCAAAUGCUCAAACACAAGACAUAGUUCCAACCAUUGGCUUCAGUAUUGAGAAGUUUAAGACUUCCAGCUUAUCAUUCACAGUGUUUGAUAUGUCUGGUCAGGGAAGAUACAGAAACCUCUGGGAGCAUUAUUAUAAGGAAGGCCAGGCUGUCAUAUUUGUUAUUGACAGCAGUGACACGUUAAGAAUGGUUGUUGCCAAAGAAGAACUUGAUACCCUCCUAAAUCAUCCAGAUAUUAAACACAGACGGAUGCCUAUUUUGUUCUUUGCAAACAAGAUGGACCUCAGAGAUGCUUUGUCUUCGGUGAAGGUUUCUCAAUUGCUAUGUCUUGAGAACAUCAAAGAUAAACCCUGGCAUAUCUGUGCCAGUGAUGCUGUAAAAGGGGAAGGUCUGCAAGAAGGUGUAGACUGGCUUCAAGAUGGCCAGUCUAGCAAGAGUCAGGAGCAGGUUCACCAGGUGGUCUCUCGUCUUGGUGGAGCCACAAACAGGGUGCCCAAAAAUGAGAAGGGUGGGUGAAAAAUGCAGCCAGAACUGCAGCAGGAAGCUCUUCAGUAGGAGGAAGAACGGUUACAGUCUGGCAUAGUAGUAGUAGAAGUUUAAGUAUUUUGUUGUCAUUUAAUAAAAAUCCGUAGCAAAUAAAUGUUUAUGUUCUUUCAUUUUUGCACAUUUACCUGUAAUAUUCAUUCAUUUCUUUGAUUUUUGGGUUCUUACUUUACAUUUCUUUAGCGUAUGCUUGGCACAGCAUGUGUUCCCACAACUCACCUAUUUCGCUCCAGAUGUUGUGCAGCACUGUACAUUAACUGCAUCUUGCGUCCAGUGUGAAUUGGCCUGUGUUGUACUUUUACAACUCCCUGUUAAUCAGUACAUACAGAAUUGUAUUAUAUUGUAAUUUGUUUUCCCAUUAUCUGUUGAUUAUAGCAAACAUAGUUAUAGACAAAAUGUUUGUCGCAAUAACCUCCUUAAAUAAAUAUGUACUACAUAAUUUAAGUUAUACGGAAUUAUAAUUAUGAUUAUGUAUGAAAACACCACAAUUAUAUACAACCAGGAUGUUUUACAAACAUGUUCAAUUUGAUGUCAACUUCAAAAUACAGCACAUCCUUCUUCGUUCUUUUGAAAUAUUGUGCAUCUUUACAAAUAUUGUGCAUCUUUGUCUCAAAAACAAUCGUUUGUUUAAAAAAAGUCAGUCAAUAUCGCCAGUUCUUCAAUGCUCCACUUAUCAUUGGCUGUUGACAUGUUGAAAUGACGUCACAAGUCAAGAAAUUGCCAGCAAUAUUGCUCCCGAGUCAGAGCCUGUCUGACUCAGUAACGUUGCAAGCAAUGUUGCUAUCUAUAUUACACUCGGCAAUUCAGUAACAAUUUGAGUGCUGGCAAUUAUUGCCGGCUAGUAUUGCUAGCAAUAAUUGCCAAGUGUAAACUGGCUCUAAGGGGCAUUUUUUCAAAAUGUUUACUCUAACCAAUGUUUAAAAAGCGAGAACCAAACAGGUAAAUACUAUUCAGUGCUGCUUACGUUGUCCAUCUCUUCUUUUGUAAAAAUGACAUGGAUUGUUGUCCUUUCAAAAAACUAGGUGUUAAAGACUGGAGUAAGUGCUUUGAAUAUGUACCCCCACAACUAUGCUCCCUACAUCUCAUUCUUCAUUAAUUUUCUUCUUUUUUUCAUUGUAUUGAAUUGUUUGCUCCUUUUAGACCAGAUUGCACAGUAAGUAUGGGUCCUUUAACAACCAUCUUCUGUUUUUACACAUUAUGAGCCCUAUCUCUCCCACAGCAAGCUAGCAAACAUACCUGCUUCUUCUGAUCCAUAAUCCCAUAGCAACCCAUAUUGUUAGUAUUUUCUCCCAAAGCAAAACAGGGAUGGAAAACAUUUAUAUUGAAUGACCAACCAGGCUUUGGCAUGGUUUCAUAAAUAUGUAAUCAGUUGUGAGAUCUUCAGGCUCUGUUGACAAAAGGAAGCAGGGAUGAGUGGCAGUUAAUUCAUAAUCGGGAGAGCUUUAUGACAGUAUAGUGCAUGGUGAUGGGUAUGCAUUUGGUUUAAUUGGCUUUAAAGUCAUGGUCGUGUGCAGCGUGCCCCAAUUGAUUGGCAUGGUCAGUAGUUUGAUUACCUGCCUAAAUAAUACAAAUACAGAAACAGCAUUGCAUUUCAAUUUGUCACCCCCUCAGUAUCAAUUCUAGUUGCUGACAAUGAUGUUUAAACUUAAAAAUAAAUUGCAUUAGUCUUGAUAGAGAAAAUAAGUUAAUAACAUCAGUGAAUAGGACAAAUGAGCCAAUUAGAGAGAUCCAAGUGUCAGGGUAGCAUUUUACACAAUUAUUUUCCAUUCCUGUGUCUAAGCUGUACCAUAAAUAGGUUUAUGAGUUGAUCUGUCAUAUAGCUAAAAGCCUUCCGCAAUAAAUCUUUUUGUCUCCAGAACAUAGUUCCAGUUCUGUAGUAAUUUAACAACAGGUGUGCUCUUUUUCUGUUGUUUUCUGGGUUUUUCCAGCAUGCUGUAUGAAGAAAUAGUGAAACAUGCAAUAGUAGGUGUACAUUGUUCUAUACAGGCACAUGGACAUGUUGGUUUAAAAAAGCAAUUUAAUCAAAUAGUACAUUAUAUUCCGAAACUUGCUUUUUUCAUUUUUUUUUUCUGGUUGUAUCAGUAGCAACAGCAGUUUUGGAUAUUCCAAAAGUGCAUAUAAACCUUUUCUGAAUCAUUUUCAUUGUACAUAUUCUGAAGAAAUAAGUAUAAUAAUACUUUUAAAUUGUUGCCUGGUUAAAAUAAUCUGUUUAUAUGUGCAUCAUUGCCUCCUAGUGGAAAUGUAUGUUACUGGGACGAUCUGUACAUAAAAGGCGGGGGGACUGCCACAACAAACAUCUUAUAUGACUACCCCCUUCCUUUUCUAAGACAAUCUCUUUAUAUUACCAGAUCAGAUCAGAAUGAUGAAGACGUGAAAGGCCAGUAGGAGCAUGCCACACAAGAAUGUGAUGAAGCUAAGCCCACCUCCCAUUAAUAUCAAUCUGUUUACUUUUAAAUUGCAGCAUAUACUUAGUGAGUAAAUGGAAACCAGGAUCAAAGCCACCUGCAGUGUGCAGAGACAAAUAACAUCUGACAACAUUUCUUCAUAAUACCAUCUAACUUUUUUUAAUUUGCAAUAUUCUCUUUAGAGAUGUGGCCAGCAGAAAGAAGCUCUUUAAGUUAGAAUGGAGAAGCAGGGAUAUUUAUUGCUUACUUUUCUGAACAGGUAUCAUUAGGCUAUUCCCAGCUUGAUAGUUUUCUGAUCUGUAAGAGCAUCUUUCACUUAUGUCAACUGGAAAACAUACAGAAAUCCAGUGUCCAUGUCAUCAAAUAACUCUUCACCUCUGUUCACUGCUGUACUGUUAAUAUGUCUAAGAAAACUAAAUUUGUUUGGAAGUAUUGGACCAUGACACAUGUAGAUUAAAUACUUACACUACUGCAAUAUUGUUAUUUUUUUUGUAUUGUGUAUUUUAGGCAGUACUGCUAUGUAUUGGCUAUACGUAUGUAAAGGUGCUGUUUGUUUCUAGUUUGAGUGUCUUUUAACUAAAUAUUAUGUAUGUAAUAUGUGUGUGUGUGUGU